AUGACCGAUGUGGCCCGUCUUCAUCUUGCAGCGUCAAUUGACGCUACAAUCGUUGGACAGCGCUUCAUUGCUGCUGCUGAUAAGUUCAACUGGAAUGAGCUCAUUGAUGAGAUCCAAAAUUUGAAGCCGAGCGCGAAGGUUGCACCACAUUUCCCUGAGCCCGUAGAUAAGGAUUUGGGUGAGAAAGAUAACGCGCCCGGCGCAGCGUUACUGACUAAAUGGUGGGACCAAAAGGGGUAUACGUCUUUUGAGCAAACACUCAGGGAGAAUUUGGCAGCGGAUCUGUAG